AUGGCCAGUGCAGAAAUCUUGAGUGGCGAGCAUGUCACAGCGGUGACGCUGCAAAAUUAUAUCAAGGACAUGCAUGCGCUGAAUAAACACCUGGAGCCGUUCGUCGGCGAGGGUGAGUAUUCAAAGCUGCGGGUGGAGACAAACAAGACACUCAGUGACGUGCACGAGUGUCUGGAGCAUGACGUCAGGGCGGCAUGCUUUGACCCACCGAAGGCCGCGUCCUGGUUGGGGGAGGCCAUCUUGCACCUGCCCAGCCCUUCAGAGACUGCUGCGAUCAAGGACCAAAUGGAUCGCAUUGUCUACGAGGAGAUCACGGUGGACCAUGUCGGGACAAUGCUCACCGACAAUGAGCUGCUGGACUGGCGCUCUAGCUGCGAGGAGUACGAAGACUGCAACAUCGAAGAGAUCUGGUGGGCAAUUAGCUGGCCCGCAGACCCGAACGCGCACACCCCCCUUCAUCUUGUUGUCUGCGCGGCGGCAUUAGCUGCCUCAAAACUCAAUUGCGCCGCCAAGGCCGCCACUGCUGUGAAUGCUGCUGCGGAGCAUGCCAACGCUCUCUACCUUGUGGCACUGGAGGACACGGACACUGCAACACUUGCCUGCGAAGCCUCUCAGGCAGUGUCAAAAGCAAAUGAGGCGAAGUCCCUUGCAGCGGCCGCAGCCGAAGCCGCCGGCGUCGCGAUGGCCGAGAGCUGCUUCUGCCCCAGCACGAGUGUGACGACUGAGCCGCUACCCACCGUUCAUAAUGGUGUGAUGCCGUACUUUGCGCACUUCAUCGAUGUCAAGCGCAAGUUCAUGGAAGCUUCAGGCGCAAAGUGGGAGCAGCUGAAGAACUAUGGUGGGGUCAUCUCAAUCCUUGACAGGCUAUUCUGUGGGAACCUGGCCAUGUUGUGCAACAAUGUCAGGCUCGGCAAGACGAUCCAGGUGGUGGCGACGAUGUGUUACCUCGACUUUGCGCACCAGCACCACCAGAAGCAUGGCAAGUGGCCAGGGCAGUUCGGCAGUGACCCGGAGAAGUAUAAGCUGCAGCCGAUCGCAAGCCGAGUUCAUGUUAUUGUAGUGCCAAACAGUCUCUCAGCGCAAUGGUGGAGCGAGCUGGAGCAGGUGCUGCUCCCUCAGUUGGUGAUCGUGCUGCCUUACGAAGGCACAAGCAAGGACACCAGCCACGCGCCUGUCUUCGAGGUCCUCCGCCAUGUGAGGGGUGACAUGCUCAUCCUCGUUGUUUCUGUGACAGCUCUCAUGCAUGACCUCGUGACUGCCUGCCCAUCAGUGCAUGACUGGCAGUCAUUGAACUUAGUCCUCAAGUUCCGUGAGCCGUAUACCGCCAACACACUGUUCCGCGCUGACUUCACGCCCACCUCUCUCUUCAUCGACGAGAUGCACGACUACCGCAAGCCUGGUCAGGCAUUUCGCGCAGUGUGCAGGUCAUCAGAGAAGACAAAGCUGAUCAUUGGAAUGUCCACAAUGCUGGUGGUGAUGAAGCCUGCAGACUUGUGUAACCAGGCCAUCCUUCUAUGA